UUUUACAAACUUUGGAAUAAUUUCAUAUCUGCCUAUACUUUCAGAUCGUACAACGAAUAAUAGCAAAGCUCACUCGUGAAUCCAAUGUAAAAAGUUCCAUCGAAGUAUUUUUCUACGUAAUUUUAACCGUUUCAGUAUUGACAGCGAAUGCGUCGUCGAUUUCGAGACAUUUUAUUAAUUCGGAUAUAUCGUCAUUCUGCGUCUAUGACAAAUGCACCGUUAUAUUCCCCAAUGGCACAUCCAGAACUUUAUCAUUUUUAGAUUUUCACAAAUUUGAUCUAUUAGAUAAUGCAAAUGAAAUCGAUUCGCAUCUCGAUGACCAAAUCAACGAGGAAAAUUCAACUCGAAAGAACGAAGGAAGUUUAUUCGAUGUCACAGAAUUUGAUUCUGAUAUCAAUACCACAGUUAUUCAGAUUCCCCCAACCAAAGAUGAGUUUGUUGAACAAGAUUUUACGACUACGUUCUCGAUUAUUUCUCCUGCGAAUGAGUCGAAUGCAACCAAACUCACGUACACGACAACUCGUAGUGUUGGAGACGAAAUUAUUUCGUUAGAUGAUGCCAAUGCGAGUGAAUUUGUCACUAUGUUUCCUGAAGAACUCGAUCAAAUCUAUUUUAAUUCGCCACGAGAGCAUGAAAUUGAAUCCAGAAGUGUUUCUGAAAAGCCUCCUUGUCAAUUUGCAUCUCAAAUGGAUAACGAUACGAGUCCAGAAACACCAUCAUCGGAAUCCAAUCGUCCAGGAUGUUUUGGGGAUGAUAAUUUUAAAGAAAAUGGUACAUCUGGAAGCACUCCAGGAGGAUGUGGAGGCUGGGAUCAACAUGAUGCAGUCACAGAUAAAUAUGGUAAUCCAAUAAAUUCUUCUACCUCUGAUGAAUUUGAAAAAAUAACGACUACGACUGAAAUGGAUUAUGAUUAUAUUGAUGAUGAAGAUGAAAUUUUCCUAGAACAGGAGCCCAUCAUAAAACCAACUCGAGAAGAGAUAGAAGAAGCUGAAAAAAUGACCGAAUGUGCAAAACUGAAAACAACCGAUGGAAUAGUUUGCGUUUGCAAUGAAACCUAUUGCGACAAAUUCAUACCACCUGAUCCAACACCAAAAUGGGUGUAUACUUGGUACAUGUCUUCAAAAGAAGGACAUCGUUUUAAGAAAUCAAUAAAUAACAUGUCCGCAUACGAAGGCCAUGAAGAAGGUAUCUAUGAUCCAUAUUGUGUUUGAAAAUUUCUAAAAUCCUAUUUAUGUACUGUAGGUAUUUAUCUUUUGUUUCGUUCAUGAAGGAGCUUUCUAUGUGAAUACUUCUAGAAGAUAUCAAAAAAUUAUAGGCUUUGGAGGAGCUUUUACCGAUACAGCUUGUAAAUUGAUUUCAGACUUGAGCAAAGAAACGAAAAAGAAUUUACUCGAGUCGUAUUUCGGACUAUUUGGAAUAAAUUACAAAUUGGGUCGUGUUCCUAUCGGAGGUACAGACUUUUCUCCAAGGUUUUACACUUAUAUGGAUAAAAAAGACGAAUCCAUGUCAACUUUUAUGCUAACUGAGCUUGAUUUCAAAUAUAAGAUACCAAUAAUUUUGGAAGCAAUGAAAAUCACUCAUAAUCAGCUGAAAUUAAUUGGAAGCGCGUGGUGGGCACCACUUUGGAUGAAAACCGUGUCCAGUAUGAAUCGUGGAACUUUGAAGCGCGAGUAUUGGUCACAAUGGGCAGAAUAUCACGUAAAAUUCCUCGACCAAUACUCGAGAAACGACAUAAAAUUCUGGGCCAUAAGUACCGGAAACAGACCAACGAACUCACACUACUUCACAUACCAACCUAACAUAAAUACUAUGGAGUGGACCCCUUACGAGCAAAGUGAAUGGGUUAGUUCUUACUUGAAUCCGAUGUUGAAGAAUUCUUCGCACAGCAGGGUCCUACUUCUUGGAUUUGAUGACAACCGAGGAUUCGUCACAUUUUACUUGAAAUAUUUUUUCGAAGAUUAUCAACUAAAUUCUUUCGAUGAUUCAACAUACGAGUACUUACACAAGAGUCGCGUUAAAGAUGCAAUUUCUGGUAUAGCUUUUCACGGUUAUAUGGAUCACGAGAGGAAUUUGCCAUAUCUGCAACAAACAAAGGAUAUGUUUCACGAUAAAUUUUUGAUUUAUACUGAGACUGGUUGUGUUGGAGCCACCAAACUAGGAGCUUGGACAUGUGGUGAAACAUUUGCAAUUAAAAUAAUACAAGCUCUAAAUAACUGGGUGACCGGAUGGAUGGACUGGAACAUUGCAUUAGAUCCCAAAGGUGGACCAAAACUUGCAAAUAACCUGUUCCAUUCUCCGAUCAUAAUCGACACAAAACGAGACGAAUUUUACAAAGAUCCUGCCUUUUAUGUAAUGGCACAUUUCUCCAUUUUCCUAUUACCAAAUUCUUACCGAAUUGAACUAAAAGCACCAAGAGGGAUUGAGGGAAUUUAUGCAGUAGCUGGGUAUCGUCCUGACGAUGGCAAAGUCAUCGUGUUUUAUAAUCAGUAUGAAGCAGAGAGGCAAUUGAUUUUUUUAAUAGACGAAAACUAUAAGGUUUCACUCACCGUUCCAGGCCAAUCGAUCAACUCUGUGUUAUUUUGGUAGAAAUUACCUAGAUAGGUAUUAAGUACCUACAUAACGAUCAAAUAUAUAAUAAAAAAAAUGUUGUCUUAUAA